UCGCUGUUGGUCAGUCUGUGCCAGAACCGGCGUGCGUCAGGGCGGGUGAAGCGAGUCCUCCGUGAAGCAGCAGCCGAGAGGACGCGUGCGACAGCCUGAGCGGCAGCGACCACCACCACCACCGCCACCACCACCACCGCCACCUUAACCCGCCUGGAGAGAUGACUGAACCAGACGUUAACCCAAAGGCUUAUCCCCUUGCGGAUGCUCAACUGACGAAGACUAUACUGGAUCUUGUACAGCAAGCUGCAAGCUACAAACAGCUUCGAAAGGGUGCCAAUGAAGCCACCAAAACAUUGAACAGAGGAAUUGCUGAGUUCAUAGUGAUGGCAGCAGAUUCUGAACCAUUGGAGAUCCUUCUUCACUUGCCUCUUCUGUGUGAAGAUAAAAAUGUACCUUAUGUUUUUGUAAGGUCCAAGCAGGCUCUGGGCCGUGCAUGUGGGGUUUCCAGACCUGUCAUUGCAUCUUCAAUAACUGUGAAGGAAGGCUCGCAGCUGAAGCCCCAGAUUCAGUCUGUUCAACAAUCAAUUGAACGGCUGCUGGUUUGAAUUGCUCUGAUGUUGAGUGGGGUUGAUGAAAACCUGACAGGAUGUGGCUUCUAAUACUCAACCAUGUACAUUCCACUUUAUUUUUAAUAACUGCUUUGGAACAUAGUACAGUAUUGUCUAAAUAGGCAAAGUUGCAGUGUAUUGUAAUUCCUUUUUUGAAUAAAGGAAAAUUUUGUGUCAUGUUAA